AUUUGAUUGAUUUAUAUGCAUAUUGUUUUCGUACCGUGCUUUGAUUUCAGUUGUAGGUUUUUGGUGACCUGCUGGGCUUUUUUAAGCUCAUUAUAUGUGGUUAAUGAUUUCAGGUGCAGGGCCUCCCGCGUGAAGCUUCUUUCAGACGCUGAAAGGGCAACGGGAGGAGUAUUGAGGGAGUUCUUGGAAAAAUAUGGUAAAGUUCUGGAUCCAGACAAGGAGGUGAAGAGGCUGGGGCAAAUGCACAAGGAGUCAGCAAAAGCUAUCGUGGAGGAUUAUGAAUUGCCAAUGACAGCAGAGGAGUAUUCGCUGGCCGUCAUGCCCAUCUAUCAGCAAAGGUGGUCACAAGCACAAGAAUUGCCUGGCGUUAAUCGGCUUAUCCAACAUCUUCAUAAACAUGGAGUCCCACUCGGACUUGCUUCAAACUCGAUAAAGAGGCAUAUAGGAACAAAGAUCUCUCACCAACCAGGUUGGAAGGAAUUGUUUUCUGUUAUCAUUGGUGGUGAUGAAGUUAGUCAUGGAAAACCUUCUCCAGACAUAUUCCUUGAGGCAGCAAGAAGACUGGGUUUUGAUGCAUCAAGCUGUCUUGUGAUUGAAGAUUCUCCGGUCGGAGUUAGAGCCGCAAAGGAUGCUGGAACAACUGUAGUGGCCGUUCCAUCACUUCAGAAUCAGGCGGAACGCUAUUCAAUUGCAAAUUAUGUUCUUCGGUCACUUUUAGAAUUUCAGCCUGAAUUAUGGGGACUUCCUCCAUUUGAAGACUGGAUCCAAAAUGCUUUGCCAAUUGAACCUUUGUAUGCUAAAGGUCUGAUACGUGAGGCUGUUGCUCAGAACAGCUCUGUGAUACUCAGCAUAGAUUCGGAUAAUGGUUCAUAUGAUACUCUUCCUGAUCAAAUUUCGGGUAUCUUCUUUGGAUGGGCUAAGCUUCAAAUACAGGGAAUCUUUAAAAUGGUGGCAGCUGUGAGUUGGGAUUUUUCGACUGGCUUUUCUAGGCGGAUUAUUAAGCCUUUCAUAUUAGGUGAAAUCAACAAUUUUAUUAUGGAACCACUGCAAUUGGUGUUUGUUGGAUACGUCAGAAAGUUGUUUGAUGAGGAAACUGUAUUGGAUGCAGAUAUACCAACUAAAGAAGAUGCGAGCAUUGCUUGGAAUGCUCUAGAUUUGCCAGACUUCGGCAAGGAUGCUGCUGAGUUUUCCUAUAAAACGUAGAUGUAAGAAUUAUACAGAUGUAUGUAGUCAGUCAUUAAAGAAUCUUAAUUUCUUAUAUAAGAAGGCAAAGCAAGCUCCUUUGUGAAAUGAAUUAAGCAAAUGAACUUCUUUAGUUGUUCUUCCA